GUAGAGAGCAAACUAUCCCCCAACAUAUCCUCAACCAACACACAACCCGAAUAAUUCAACACUGAUUUGCUAGCGAAGCAGCGAGCGACAGAUGGGAUGCCAAAAACUGAGUCGAUUAUCGUCAUUGGGACUUGUGGAGGGGUUAAGAUCUGAAUAACGGCGAGAUAGCAGGAUCAGACCAGAGUGAGGAGAGCCGGCAACGAACAGCCCGAAAAGCUGUGUGCUUUCUCUCCAUCAACUUCCCCAAGGGCUGCGCAUGCAGCCUGUGUGUGAGUUAGUGGCACUAGUAUUGUUCUGACUUCACUAGCUACAGUGCCCACUCCUAGAGAGAGAACGCACAACAAAAGACAAGAAAGGAAGGAAGCACGGAGUAACUAACGAAGACGGUUUUCGUUGAAAGUAAUGGUCCUGCGAUACCAAUCUUAGAUUCCAAGAUUUCUCUCUUUUUGUUAUUUUGCCUUGAGUCUUUGUAGCGGUGAGGGGACUCGCCGUGUGGUGUUGCGCCGAGCAGAAGCGGGGCUGUCCACAUGGUCCAGCCACUGGUGUGAAAGUUGACUUCUUCAGAAAACAAGAACAGGUGCCACGUGAUGAUGGUGGAAUCAGCCUCUGAGACCAUUCGAACUACGACCUCCAAUCAGAACGGAGUCAGCAACCUCAGCAGCCAAUUGGAUGGCGGGGGAGGGAGAGAAGGCGGGUCCAACGGAGACAACAAUGGGGAGAUCAGCCCAGUGGACCUACUGCACCUCCAGCAGCAACAGGCCCUCCAGGCAGCCAGACAGUUCCUCCUCCAACAGGCCUCUGGACUCAACUCCCCCAGCAGCAACGAGGUUAAACAGAGCCCCGUGCAGGUGCCAAUGUCCAUGGCUAUGUUGACCCCCCAGAUGAUCAGUCCUCAACAGAUGCAGCAGAUCCUGUCCCCUCCUCAGCUACAGGCCCUGCUGCAACAACAACAGGCCCUUAUGCUUCAGCAGCUACAGGAGUACUAUAAGAAGCAGCAGGAGCAGCUGCAUCUUCAGCUUCUGACUCAGCAGCAGCAGCAGGCUGGGAAGCAGGCGGCCAAAGAGCAGCAGAUAGGUAACAAGCAGUUGGCUUUCCAGCAGCAGCUCAUUCAGAUGCAGCAACUUCAACAGCAGCACAUGAUCAACCUGCAGAGACAAGGCCUGGUCUCCCUACAGCCCACUAACCCCAUGCAGAGCCUGCAGCAAGCCAUGUGUCCUGGGGACCUGCAGCAGCUGUGGAAGGAGGUGUCGGGGGUGCAGUCUGCAGAGGAGGCCCUGAAGCAGCAGCACACUGGAGAGGGUCUGGACCUCAGCACCAACUCUACCUCAACCUCUUUCCCCAAAGCAAACACACACAGCAGCCUGCACAGCCUGCACAAUGGACAGGACAACCACACCCCAAAGAGAGACAGGUACAGAGACAGAGCAAGACUCUUUGAAUGGAUCUCCUCCUUCAGCAAGGCAGACCUCGGAGAUGAACACCUCACGCCUUACUCCAAAGGUGGCCCGCUAUCCAGUAGCCACCACGAGGAGCAUGCAUGUUCCCAUCCUCUCUAUGGCCAUGGAGAGUGUAAAUGGCCUGGCUGCGAGGCGCUAUGUGAUGACAUGGGACAGUUCAUCAAGCAUCUGAACAAUGAACAUGCUCUGGAUGACCGCAGUACAGCCCAGUGCAGGGUACAGAUGCAGGUGGUCCAACAGCUGGAGAUACAGCUGGCCAAGGAGAGUGAGCGGCUGCAGGCCAUGAUGACCCACCUGCACAUGCGCCCAUCGGAGCCAAAGCCUUUCAACCAACCUCUGAACCUGGCGUCCAGUGGCUCCCUGCUGAAGAGGGAGAGCGAGGUGUACCCAGAGGGUCUACCUCACCCCCCCACCUCCGCCACCGCCCCCAUCACCCCGCUCCGCCAGGGCCCCUCUGUCAUCAGCUCCUCCAGCUUGCACUCACACUCACACCCGCACGGCGUGGGACCCAUACGCAGGCGCAUCGCAGACAAGUUCUGCACCCCCAUCGCCUCAGGUAUACGAGAGGAGCUGGCACAGAACUGUGAGUUCUAUAAGAACGCUGAUGUCAGACCUCCCUUCACCUACGCCUCUCUCAUACGCCACGCCAUUCUGGAGGCUCCAGACAGGCAGCUGACUCUUAAUGAGAUCUAUAACUGGUUUACACGAAUGUUUGCCUACUUCAGGAGAAACACAGCCACAUGGAAGAAUGCUGUGCGCCACAACCUGAGUCUGCAUAAGUGUUUUGUGAGGGUGGAGAACGUGAAGGGGGCCGUGUGGACGGUGGACGAAGUGGAAUACCAAAAGAGAAGACCACCAAAGAUGACCGGGAGUCCUACUCUGGUGAAGAAUAUGAUUUCAGGGCUGGGCUUCGGUUCCCUAAACGCCAGCUACCAGGCGGCCCUUGCAGAGAGCAGUUUAACUCUACUGAACAGCCAGGGCCUGGUUAACCCCUCAUCUGCCGCCAGCCUCAACAUGCUGCAUGGGAUGGGUCAUGAUGAUGUCAGCUCCACUGUGGAACAGGUCAACAGCAACGGCAGCUGCAGCCCUACACUCAGCCCACAGCAGUAUGGACACCAGGUCCAUGUGAAGGAGGAGCCCACUGAGAUCGAGGAGGACAGCCGCUCCAUGUCGCUCAUGGCAACUGUCACUCAGAACAUGGCAAUGCCUAGCGAUCGCGAUGACCGCGAUUUGGAUGAUGAGCUUCCCACCGAGGAGCUGGAGUAGGAUUGGAUGAGCUGAGCCAGUGGACGGGACUUUGAGGUUUAAUCCCGCCUGCUCCAUUGGAGUGAAGCGAAAUGAUGACCACAUAAAAAAACAAGAUAGAGAUAAAAAAAAAAGAUAAAGAUCAUGAUUUUUAUAAAGCAAGAAACCAACAACAUUGACAAACAGGGUUAGACCUCCAUUACAUACCCACGCAAAAAUAACACUCUGGAGCAUUGCUUUAUUCCCACACAUUUUCACCCACCUCACCCCCUCCUCCUCACCCCCUCCACCCUCACCCGGUGAGCAGCGUAUUGUCAGAGAGACAGCUCUCAGUGGUGAUAUGGAGGGAGGGUCCCCUCUCCUCUCUCCUCUCCCUGUUGAUUCACACAGAUGGUCUGCCCGCCCUACAGUCCUUUAGUGCUGGUAGUUUGAUGUUCACACCACUACAAUAUACAUACAGGUGUGUGUGAGAGAGAGUGUGGAGAGACACACAUCAGAUCAUGUGUAUAUAUUGUUUGGAACAGUCACCAGGAGGUGUAUAACUCUCCUCCUCUUCUCCGGUCAUGUUAGUUUCUUUUUCUUUUCUUCCUUUGCCUGAAAGAACUGCUGGGCUUUGAGAUGGAAGGAAGAACAGUGGUUUUCUCAAGGAUUACCCCACCUGCUCACACAUCAGAAACCAAGCUUACAAACCAGUCAGUGAUCCAUAGGUGGGACUGAGACUGGAUUGCAGGAUUCUGCCCUAUGCCCACUCUCUGGCUAUUCUCUGCCCUAUGCCCACUCUCUAGCCAUUCUCUGCCCUAUGCCCACUCUCUAGCCAUUCUCUGCCCUAUGCCCACUCUCUAGCCAUUCUCUGCCCUAUGCCCACUCUCUAGCCAUUCUCUGCCCUAUGCCCACUC